UAAAGGCUAAAUAAAUUGAAGUUGUAGCACACUGAGGUACUAGGAACAAAUAUGCGGCGGAACCAUGUAUGCUUAGUACACAAAACUGGGAACGCUAUCGGAGCGACAAACAGAGACGUAAACAAAAUCAUUCAAACCAGCUGUCGACUGUAAAGUGGAACAUUAAUGCACUAUUUAUUAAAUAUUUAAGAUAUAAACAGCAGUCAUUUAAUACAAUGCAUUUUUAACGGUGAAAAGCAGUUUACACCUCGCUGACUCGUCUCCUCUCCGUUUGAAAAUGAUAUACCAUAUUCCCUGGCUUUACACACCUGUGCGGACUGUACUGGCCAUCUGGCACCAACUGAUCAAGACCGAGAUCCCAGAGCUAGCCAAGGGCUCUGUGCUAAUGAGGGAGCGCAGCAGAGUGGAGGAAACAAUCAAUGCCAUGCAGCGAGCAGGUGCGGGAAACCUUCAGGUAAUCUCAGACUUCGACAUGACUCUGACCAGAUUCGCUCACAACGGCAAGAGAGUCCCCACCACCCACAACAUCCUAGAUAACCGGUUGUUGAUUAAUGAAGACUGCACUCUGAAGAUGAGGGAGCUGUUGAACACCUACUAUCCCAUAGAGAUUGAUGCAAGCCGAAGUGCUGAAGAGAAACUGCCUUUCAUGGUGGAGUGGUGGACCAAAGUUCAUGAGCUGCUGAUUCAGCAGAAGAUCAGAAAGGACAUGCUCGCCCAGGCCGUUAAGGAAUCCAACACUAUGCUCAGGGACGGCUACAAAGUGUUUUUUGAACAUCUGUCCGAGCACCAGGUUCCUCUGUUGAUCUUCUCGGCCGGUGUUGGAGACGUCCUGGAGGAGGUGAUCCGACAGAACCACGUCUUCCAUCCCAAUGUCCACAUCAUCUCCAACUAUAUGGACUUUGACCAAACUGGCGUCCUGCAAGCCUUCAAAGGCCAACUGAUCCACACCUUCAACAAGAGGGAAGGCGCUCUGUCACACGCAGCAGGCCUCAGAGAGCUGCAGGGUCGAUCCAAUGUGCUGCUGCUGGGAGACUCUUUGGGAGACCUUACCAUGGCUGACGGAGUGUCUGAGCCCCAGAACAUCCUGACCAUUGGCUUCCUGAAUGACCAGGUGGAAGAGAGGAAAGAGUCGUACAUCAACUCCUUUGACAUCGUACUGGUGAAAGACGAGACGAUGGACGUUCAAAACGCCAUCCUCAGAUACAUUACCUCAUCAAGAGACAACAAGUAAGACACACACCGAUGGACCUGUUCACUCCAUUCACACUGCAUUACUUACCUCAAACCAGACCUAAAACUUGACUUUUUAACCACUGUGUCCACUAAUGUGGUUAAUGCUGCAAAUCACACACACUCUGAACUCUUUUUUUUAAUUUUGACAUUUAUUUGUAAGCUUAGUUUUGUAGAAUUUGUGAUUUCUAUCAGCUUUGCAGCCAAACAGAUUAUUGUUGUGCUAGGCUAUACGUUAAUCGCUUUCUUCCUGCUUUUUAUUUUGGAUGUCGGGAUCAAAACAGUAGAACCAGAAUAACAAUGCGCCACCUCAUCAGAACUCAGUGAAGUGAGAAUUUAUAUUGUAUUGUUUCAAAUAGAUAAAGUGUAUAUCUGCAGCCCUCACUCCGAAAAGAAAUCAGCAACUCAGCGAUCUCUUAAAACUGUCAGUACAAAUAAUUUCUAAUAUUCUGCCUCUUUUCACUGCUUUUUAGCUCAAAAUAGUUUUUUUUUUUUACUUUGUUGUUUACCAGUACCAGUAUUUAAAAUAUGUUCAUGUACGAGCAAAGGCGUUACGUGUUUUGUAACUGUCCCUUUAUCUGGAAAGUCUUCUACUUUAUACUCACACUUCUCUGGUGUGUACUGUGUAUUACCUCUGUGUACACUGCAGGUACUUGACGCUCCAGAGUACAGAGACUGUGCUGUACACAUGGAUCAUCAGUUUAUUUGUAGGGUGCAGAUAACUUGAUAGUGCUGUUAUCAGUCUUUAAGCUAUUAUAUUUGUCAUUAUGUAGGUUAUUUUAACUUUUUUUUUUUUUUUUUUAACCAGGGACAGUGUAGGCAAGCGCGAUAAUACGAGUCAAACAGAAAGCUACAGUACAUCAGUAUUCCCAAGAAGGGAAUAUACAAUGUGGGAUGUGCAUAUUCCUAACAAAUGUUCUCUUUGCACUGAAACACUGCGGCUGCUAUACAGAAGGACUUAACAUUGCGCUAGUUGCACUUUACUAUAGGUGUAAUACUUGUGUAGAACAAAAGAUGAAUAAGUACUAACUUGUAAAUGUGCUUUUCUCAGCGAAAAGGUAUAGUUCAAUUUUAUUUAUCAUAUGGUGGAUUUUCUCCCAAUAAAAACCGGCAAAGUCACAGGAAAUAAUGAAAGCCUUGAAUUCUUUUAGCAUUAUUAAUAUCCAUUUUCUCCAACUUAAAUUCCACUCGUCAUCUUUUCUUUUCUUUUUUUUUUUUUUGCCCAUUAAAGUUACAAUCUGCCAGACUUUGUGGUGCAGGAUGCAGAGUUACAACUACCCCUUUAAGCGUGACAUUGAGAAAUAUUGCAACUCUGCAUCUUCCACCAAAAAAGAGUGGGAUAGAGUAUUUUUAUGUGCAAGUUAAAUACUCUUUUUUUAAAAUGAUAUCAGGCAAUUACCGACAGUUUAUCCAUAUAUUGGUGCACAGAUGCAGUUAUUUCAGGUGUCAUGGUUUUCUGUGUAGUGAUACAAGUUGUAGAAAAACCGAAACCAUGUUCAUUUUCUUACAAACAUUUUAAUUAAUGUGACUUUCAGGGACAAAUAAAGGUGCUUGUUUUGUUUUCUGAAAUACAUACUGUCAAACACUCACACAACAACACACAAAAAGAUCAUCUGCACUGUUUUCUUGUCAUUUAAAGAAAAAAAAACUGUUCAAUAUUAAAACCUUGACGCUGUAUGGGAAAAGUCUCUCGCUGCUUGUUUUUGUUGUGUUGGUGGGUUCAUCCCUGAGAGAGAAUAAAAACAUUCAUCCUCAUCACAACU